AUGUGGAUACCUCGUGAUGUGUUUAAAAAGAAUAGAAGCGAUGCCAGCGCUCGCAGCAGGCUCGGCGAUGAACUUGAAGAGCCAAAAGCCAUCAUCACCGAAUCAGUACUCACAGCACUGCGACGCUGUACCUGCCACCUUGUCACUAUCCUGGUCACCAUCACAACCAUAACCUUGGACCUGAAUGGCGUUUACUUGGGCUCCGAUCUAAUGUCGCCGGUGAGGUCCGAGACUAUCAACCUCAUGUUCCUCCAGUUGGCUGCCAAAGCCCACGAAAUCAUGAUUGUGUCUAGUCUUGGCCUUAUCGUUCUACAAUUCGUCCGAUUCGAGCUGCUUUUUGGAGAUGGGCUGCCUCUCGGCCUGGUAGGCUCUGGCUUGACCUUCAAUAACUUCGAGUUCUUCUUUAAAAAAGAAUUCUAUGGCACUUUGAAAUAUGUCGGUGGUCAUGGCAAUAAACCCAGAAAGGUGAUGUUUGUCAUGGUCGUCGUCGUGGCCGGACUCACGGCUACAUUGGCUGGACCCGCAAGUGCGGUACUACUCGUGCCCAAAUCCCAGAACUGGGCCGCUGGAGGCACUCGUUUUUAUCUGAAUGGAUCGGAGAGUGAAUUUUGGCCAGCGGACUUGUCGGGAGACUUGUCGGAGCUUCGGCUAUUUUGCAAAUGCAACGACUCUACUCGUCUGGGAAUCUGUCCGGCGGGUGGGUUUCACUCCCUGUGGGAGCACUGGGGAACUGUGAAUUCCACCGAUUUUCGCUCGCAGAAUGUUCGCUCAUAUGCGAAGAAUCUCGCUGGCUCUAACUUCUACUGGCCGGUAUCCAGCCCCUCGUCUCAAGUCCCUCCUCUCUAUGCGGUAGGAAACAGCAAAAAGGCCGACACUGAUGCAACCACGCUCAUCCAGCCACAUGCAGCAGCUGUGGUGAUAUUGCAAAGGCUCGCGACCGACUGGUGGAAGGCUUUGACAUCGCAAAGAGGCACGUCUCCCGAUCAAGUUGAUGACCGGAUUGUUUCUGCCAAUGUCAGAAGUGGGAUUAGCGUCGUUAGCUGCGCAAAGCCGCAGGAGCUGCUGGACUCAGACAAUUCCGUGAACUUCUCAUCCAUCGAUGGUCGAUUCAACUUCGCCCAAAGCUUGCCAUUUGCCAUACACAGUCUCAACAAUACUGCUGUCAACCACUUACGAUUUCAAUGGGUUUAUCUGCCAACUCAAUUUGGCGCAGCUAGUAUUGGGGGAGUGUUUGAGACACCAUGGGAAUUUAAGAAGGCCUCCAGAGUUGUGGUCGACUGUACGGUUCAGGCUGGAUGGGUCCCGACGACGGUGUUCACCGACAAAUACACUUUCUGGACUGGGUGGUACCCAUGGAACAUUCAAUAUGGCGACCGCACGCCUGCAUGGUCCGCCACGUCACAGGCUGCUAGCAAUGGCCGAAUAUCUCUUGGGGAUGACUGGCUGAAUCUCCUGACACCCCCGACAACCUCUCCUGGUAUUGGCUCUUGGCGACCAUCCACGAUUGAGAGUAUUUUCCUGAAUGCUGGCCUGGGCUCCUCUCCGAAUACAGCUACGGCGGGCUGGCUUGAUCAGGGGUCUGGAAGUCAAGACAAGCUUGCUCUCGUUGAAGCCAUUAUUUGCAGUGUGAUUGUGAAUGGUCUCAGCCGUACCAGAAGUUAUCGAGCCAAAUUACAUCCUUUUACUGACUUUGAGAAACGAGUCCUAGGGAAUAAGCUUGCUUUGGAAACUCCCGCCGUCAGCCCCGAGAACCUCACAACGAUUGAGGCAAGCAUGCAAAUAAGCGGUUUCUCAUUCAAAGGCUCUCUGGCAGCAUAUCUUGCCAUGACAGUCCUCCUCACUCACCUCCUCAUGGCUACCGCCCACAUUAUAUACGUUAUCCGUAGCAGACACACUUCACGCAGCUGGGGCUCAGUUGCGGAGCUAAUCGCUCUGUCGCAAAACUCCCAGCCAUCGUUCGAUGCAUUAGCCAACACCAGCGGCGGAAUCGAGAGCCGCAGAACCUUUUUGCAGAUGGCAAAAAUUAGAGUGAAGAAGACUCCCAACUUGCCAAACCAUGAACAUCAUGAACAUGCUGAAUUGUUGUUCGAGAGCUCCACCUUUCCUGAUUACCAGCGGAAUGCCUCUGAACACGAGCUGGACGAGCUACGCAAUGAAUGGCCGCGUCAUGCUGCGACGUGGCCUCUGAAUAUACCCGAAAUCCCAGCACAUCCUGAUUUGAAUGCUUCGAGUAUGUUGACUUCUACAGAGAGGUUUGUCGGUAGCAGGGAAGCAACGGACAUCAUUCGGCCCAACCGACGAUAUGGAUGAAUUCUUAUACAUGCUGGUGAGGUGAUCGUAUAUUCUGAACAUCGUGGCUGAAAGAAUUGCUUAUUUGCUUAUGGAGUGCCAAUAUAUUUAGACAACAAAACAUAACAUUUAUAGUAAAAUGGACUGAAUUAUCUAGCCCU